AUGGCUCCGAAUCAGGUCAGCGAUCCAGUACCGCUGGUCAACUCUCUCGACUCGAUCUACUCGAAAGCUGGCGUGCUCAAAAACGGCAAGAGGUGGGACGACCUCGCCUCAAAAUUCGCCGAUGCCUAUGACGGUUUGAAGCCUGACUUCAUCGCUCGGGCGCCUGGAAGGGUGAACCUCAUCGGAGAGCAUAUCGACUACGUUGGAUUCUCGGUGUUCCCCGCUGCUGUCGAAAAAGACAUUCUCAUGGCUACCAAGGUCACCCUCGCUCCAGCGGGGGGAUCAUCCGAUUCGGUCGAAGUCGUGCUCAAAAACACCACCACAAGAUUUGCAGAGACAUCCUUCACCUCUCGCUACGACUCGGUUGACGGCGUACAGCUGCUCAAUUCGGGCGAUUCGCGAUGGGCCAACUACUUCAAGGUGGCAUUCAAGGGCCUUCACUCGCACCUGCCCUCCUCCGUUCUCGACGCCUCCAACCCCUCCCGACCCGUUCGAAUCCAAGUGCUGGUCGACGGUACCAUUCCUCCAGAGUCGUCCCUCUCCUCCUCCGCCGCCAUGACCACGUGCUCGAGCAUCGUCAUCCUCGAAUCCUUCUCCGCCCGCUCCCUCAUCGACCGCAAGGAGAUGGCCGAAGUCGCCAUCGAAAGCGAACGUCUCGUCGGCGUCAACUCCGGCGGCAUGGACCAGAGCGCUUCCAUCUUCGGCAUCCCCGACCACGCGCUCUACAUCUCCUUCUACCCCGAACUCAGUGUCGAACCUACGAAACUUCCACAGUCCGACACGGAACAUACGUUCGUCAUCGUCAACACGUUGGUGGUGAGCGACAAGAAGGUGACCGGACCGGUGAAUUAUAAUCUGCGGGUGGUGGAGACGAGGAUGGCGGCUAGGGCGCUGGCGAAGGGGUUGGGGCUGGGGAGCGGGAAUGGGUGUAAGGAUCUGAGGGGGGUGCUGGAGACGUACUUUGCGGAGAACGGGGGUGUGGGGAGGUUGGAGCUGGAAAUAGAGAACAGUGGAGCUGUCAAGGAGACGUUGGAAAAGUCGGGCGAGGAAGCCGCGAGGAUCAAAGUGUUGGAGGAGAAGGUCGAAUCUCUGUACCACGACGACACGCUCAAAGCCGGUCUGACGAGGCAGCAAGUGGAAGAGCUCACCGGAUACUCUGGUGAAGAGUUCGACAAGGAGUUCCUGAGCUCCUUCCCCAUCCGCGCCGACAAGUUCGAGCUCUACAAACGUUCCAAGCACGUCUUCACCGAAGCCCUGCGAGUCCUCCAAUUCCGAUCUCUCUGCAACUCCCCCUCACCCGACGUCUACCGACAACUAGGCUCGCUCAUGGACGACUCGCAAUCCUCCCUCCGCGACCUCUACAACUGCAGCUGCGACGAGCUCAACACUGUCAUCGACAUCGCAAAGCGCAACGGAAGCCUCGGAAGCAGGUUGACCGGAGCAGGCUGGGGUGGCUGCACGGUCCAUCUGGUCCCCAAGAAGAAGGUCGAGGUGUUCAUCUCGGCUAUGAGGACGCAGUACUAUGCAAAGAGGUUCGAAGGGAAGGGAUUGAGCGAGGACGAGUUGAACGAUGCUUGCUUUGAUACUAAGCCUGCUGGCGGUGCUUGCGUGUACAAGGUGUGA